GGCGCUGUGGGGGUCUGGACUCUGGACGGUGGAUGCUUGGGCUCGUCGGCAACCGGACAGGAGGAGGACAGCAAGGCGAAAGCAACCGGGGCGUCGCAGGUCCGACGGGCGGCACGUGUCGGCGAGCGUGACAGCGGCGGCAGAUCCGGGCCUCCACGUCCGUAUCCAUAUCCAUCCAGCAAACACGGAAGAGAGAGAGAGAGGCGUUGUUAUUUUGGACCAGUUCCACCGCUUAAUUUGCAGGACCGCCACCACCGCCCGCGGCGCCGACGAUCACCUCCGGCGUGCGCGGAUAUGGGGCGCCGCGGCUCCUCCGACCGCCUCGAGGCGCUCUCCCUCGAGAUCGAGCGCAAGCUCCAGAAGGCUCUGGUCUCCAACUCCCAGCGUCUUCAGAUACUUCAGCAAUUGUUUGCUGACAUUGCAUUGAAGGUCGAUGAUCGUGCUCGAGAUGCGAUUAUGAGUGAGAAUGAUGAUGGCAUUGCUCCAGUAGAUGAACGGGAAGAUGGUUGGCUAUGCUUCUAUGAGAUUCUUUCCAGUCAUUUUGUUAGAGUGCCUGAAAGUGGCAGGCGUAUACUCGAGUUGAUAGUGCAACUCUGGAGCCAGUCCUUCGCGUCCAACAUAUUUGCACUUCUUUUUCACAAAUGGUUGUUUGAAGCCCCUCUUGAUGAAAAGGAAAUAUCGCUACGAUAUAGCUCUGCUCUUGUUCAAGGUGCUACAAAUGUAUUUUGGAUUGACAUACAGACAAAUACAAGACAUUUUCUCUCUUUGUAUCAUUACCUCCUUGAGGAUGUUGCUCUAGUCCCUGACCGACUUACUAAAAUAUCAUUACAGGCUGGUAGAGACCUUUUCCUUCUACUCUCUAGAUUCAUGUUCUUCUAUGAUCAAGAUCACUUGCUUUCUAGUUUCCUAGAGCAUUUCCCCACUUUUCCAAAUUCCUUCUUGGUUGGUGGACCAGCAGAUUACUUUGUAAUUGAACUCACUGAUCAGCUUCAAAAGCUAAAAAUUGAGCCAGUACUACUGCACUACCUCUCCCGCAUGAGCAUACUUCAAGGGUUGGAACUGAGAUUGAGUACAAGCACCAGAUUAAAGGCCUGCCUGUACAGCUUCACUUCUCCUGGUGGCCCUACUUACCCAACACGAGCGGUGCGGCAUGCAGCCUGGAAUACAUUGGAUUUGCUGUUCCCUAUCGGUCGGUACCCAAGGCAUGUGAUCAGCCUGUUCUUCCGGCUGCUGUAUCCGUGGUACUGGCCUUCCUCUUGCUGGAACUUCGUGAUGACCUGUGCCAUGACUGUCUACUACUACAUCCUAAACCUGCUGGUGUCAAGUUGGGAGAAACUGAGGCGGCCCAGUCACCAGAGAAGGCAUGGUGAAUGAAGACGUGGCAGCCCAACAAGUAGCACCUUGUGUUGUUGUUGUUGUUGUUGUUGUUGUUCAUUUUCUUUCGUUUGCGCAAGCAGUGUUGUAGUAAGUUGGCCAGCUUAUGCGUUUGUCCAAACAGCAUCUCCUGUAUAAACUGCUGUGUUUGUUCAGUUGUUGAUAUAGGAAGAGGAACGGAUGGUAAAUGAAGAGAGAGCAUGUGCGUUUCUGGAGUCGUUUCUUAUCAGGAUCUGCAGUGUCCUGCACCCAUUCAUCUCCAAAAUCUUUGGACGGACUAUGGACAGACUCCAGAAGGAUUGCCUAGUGGUACUACUUGCUUUGCGUAGAUGGAAGUUGAGUUGCCUCCUGCUGCUUUUUGUUUACUGGGUUGCUGGAUACCAGUCACACUAAUGGCUAAUUGGUCCAGGCCUUUGAUUUAUAUUUGUUUUGGACUGCGUUGAGCAUAACCUGAAUGACUGUAAAGAUCUGGAGGUACAAAUCUUCUGUCAUCCGUUUGGAGGACAUGGUCUCUGUUGGGAUUAAGUUGCUUGCUGCCAGUUUUUGUACCUGCUACCAAGGGAAAGGGUAGUGAUUUAUUAUAUUAUAUC